AUGAUGUCGGCAGAAAGUCCUGGCCACAAGAAUGGCUUCAAGUCAUUUUUGUCCAAUGCAUUGCGUCCCAAGAAAUCCCGCCAAACCCUCCGCAAGGGCAGAUCGACCACAGACCUGCGGCUGGCCGCGCGCUCCAGUGUCGAAGAAGUCCCUCCAAUGCCAGAGCUGGCUCCAUUGCAUGCCCAUAGACUCAAAUACAAGGAGUUGCACUCGCAAAUUGACUCACAGCUGGGUGAGCGAAGAGAUUACACAGAAAUCAUCCAUACGAUAGGCACACUCGACGUCAACGAUACCAGCGCUCUAACCUACGAGGGAAAUGAAAAUCGACCCCCAGGCGAGGGUGAUAUAGCAAGUCUACCACCAAAGCUAUGGGCGCAAAUAGCAGGACACUUGAAUCCCGCCGAAGCAGCAAGUCUAGCAGUCGCCAGCAUCACGUUAUACCGAAGACUGGGCCCAAGAUAUUUCAUGGCUCUAGACCACCCAGACAACCACACCCAUAAGAUCAACUUCCUCUCCGGCCUGGACAUGUCCCUCCCACACCACCUCCUCUGCCUCCCCUGCGUAAAAUAUCACAGGCGCACACAAGAAGGAUCCGAACGCAUUCGCCCAAGCCACGUCCUAAACCCGCUCUUUAACUGCCCAAACUCAACAAACCCCCUAAAACCACCGCCCCGCCACCGCAUAACCCACGGCCGCAACAUCACAUUCUCAUUCGUGCAACUAGUUAUGCGCGCCCACCGCUUCGGCCCCAGCUACGGCCUCGCACCAGAUGAACUUGGCCGACGCUGGCAGCGCGACAACUGGUCGCACACAUCGCGCUUCCACGUCAACGAAGGCCGGCUCUUAAUGCGUGUCACCAGUCAGACCUUCGCGGACCCAGGUCUCACGCCAUCCGCGCAGCGCAUGCUCCUGUACUCGCGCGAAGACUACUGGCCGUACUUUAGCGCGUGCGCGCACUGGCGCGACGGUGAGCUGAUGCCGGCGUGUAAAUGUGCGCUGGAUCAUAUUCCGCGGCCGCGGAGUACUGGCGGAUUACAGGGGCUUGAGCACCGGGUGAAGGACCGAAUUGCGGGACAAAUAUUCGAUCCGAAUGCGCUGACGACGCUGUGUGGGUUUUGUCGACCGAUGCGGAGGUGUCCCGAGUGUCCAACUGAGUAUCUCAUUGAGGUUAAACUGAGCGAGGAUCAAAUGGAUCGCAGGUUCAGGCAGUGUAUUGUUGUUACGCGGUGGAGUGAUCUUGGGGAUGGAACUACGCCUGGUGGGAUUGAGUGGGGUGCUAUCAAUGGGAAACGGGAUGAUUAUGAUUCUUUCGUGCAUUAUGCUAAGCGUGGGAUUGCAAGUAUAUUCGAGGCGGCUUUCACGGCGGAUACGCUACCUGGACAACGGGUUGUAUCGCUGAAUCCGAAGAAGAAGAAGCUUGGAGAAGCCGGGAAUCAGUGGUAUUAG